ACCCCACCUGUCAAAUGCUCAACGGCCUGCUGUGUCUAUCCCACUUUCUGGGUCAUAUCCGUUUGUCCUACCAGCUUGUAUAUAGCAAUCAAUGACAUCUUCACAUCCCUCUGCACAUUCCCUCUUCUGUACCACUUCUUCUUUCAUCAACCAAGUCGUCACUAAUCUGUAGGUACUUACAAUGGCAGCGACAGUGACGAUAGCAUCCGGUGCAACAUGGCAAGAAGUCGCCGCAGAUCGACAGAAGCAUCGUGAUGCCACUAUUGCAGCUAUCGAGCCUCCAAUUGCAGAGGUCAAGGGUAUCCCACAGUACACGAUUCCUCUUGCCAAAGAAUUCCUGACAGCAGAAGAAAUCUCGAUCACAGAAAGUCCUGUUGAGAAGCUUAUUCCUCAGCUUGCGAAAGGAGAGUUGAGUUCCACGACAGUAAUAGAGGCUUUUCUGCGACGAGCAGCUCUUGCACAGAAAGCUGUCAAUUGUGUAACAGAACUUCUGCCAACACGAGCACUCGAACGCGCUGCAUACCUCGAUACCUAUCUCAAAGAAAAUGGCAAGCCAAUUGGACCGUUGCAUGGUAUACCUAUUAGUGUCAAGGAGCAUAUUGGGAUGAAAGGUCUUGAUCUGAAUGCUGGUUUCAUUUCGUGGGUUGGCAGAGUUGGAGAAGAAGAUUCUCAUAUCUUGCAGAUCUUGUAUAGGGCCGGAGCAGUGUUUUAUGUCAGGACUACACAACCGCAGUCAUUGAUGCAUUUGGAAACCAGCAGCAAUCUUUAUGGAGUCACCACAAAUCCAUUCAACACCACAUUGACUUCUGGUGGAUCGUCUGGAGGAGAAGGUGCGCUUGUUGGAUUUCGAGGAAGCUGUUUGGGCAUUGGGACGGAUAUAGGUGGCUCAAUAAGAAGUCCAGCCGCAAACAAUGGUGUAUAUGGCAUGAAGCCUACAGCUGGACGUCUUCCAGUGAUGGGCUGGUCGGCUACCAUGGCUGGUGCAGAGCACAUCAUACCGACAAUUGGACCCUUAUCCACUAGUCUUGAAGGUUGCAGACUGUUCAUCAAAACCCUUAUUGAUGCGAAGCCAUGGUUCAAAGAACCGUCGUUGUUACCGUUUCCAUGGAAGGAGGAGCAAGUUUUCAAGGGCAAGAAACUGAAAGUAGCAGUUCUCUGGGACGAUGGUGUUGUAAAGCCUCAUCCGCCAGUCUUGCGCGCUCUGAAAGAGGUUGUCGAGAAGCUUAAAGCGAAGCCAAAUGUCGAGAUUGUAGAGUGGAAGCCAUACAAGCAUGAUCUUGCUUGGGAAAUUAUCGCAAAUCUAUAUUUCGUGGACGGUGCGAACGAAGAGAGCGAGGCUAUCAAUGCAUCUCAAGAGCCAUGGCGACCGCUUUCAAAGCAUAUUAUCCCAGACAACCCUCACGUCCAGACCCACACGAUACCAACCUUAUGGAAGGCAAACCAAGGUCGAGAUAAUUAUCGAGCCGAAUAUGCCGCGCUGUGGAACGCGACAUCAACGUCACAGGGACCGAACGGUGAGUUGGAGGGCAUGGUUGAUGUUAUACUCUGUCCUGCGGGUCCCGGUGUCGCGCCGAAAGUCGACACCGCCAAAUGGUGGGGUUAUACGAGUCAGUGGAAUUUGUUGGAUUAUCCUGCUUUGAUCUUCCCAGUUGAUAAAGUGGAUGCCAAGAAAGAUGAUAGCAAAGACGCAUACAAACCUAGGAAUGAGAAGGACAAAUUUAACUGGGACUUGUGGGAGAAAUACGGUGCUGAAGGAUACAAGGAUGCUCCGAUCAGUUUGCAACUCGUGGGCAGAAGAUAUGAGGACGAGAAGGUUAUUCAAGCGCUCGAGAUUAUGAAAGAGGAAACAGGCCUACCAUUUGUAGAUUACGUUUAAGCUCUUAAAGCUGUCAACGCGCUAUCACGUUACUUGCACCCCC